AUGACCUCGACAAACACUACGCUGGUAAUGCAGGACGAGAAGCGAGGGGAGUCCUCGAAGAAACAACCAGUGCGGCUACCCAUCAUUGCGCCCAAGGACGACCAAUCUUCCUCGGCUAGCUCCAGCCGCAGCGGCCAUCUUGGCCCUAGUGUCCCUCCACGCGCCCGCCUACCUCCCCGGUCACGCACUGGAUGCUGGAUUUGUCGCACCCGCAAAGUCAAAUGUGAUGAAGGGAGACCUGUCUGUGGACAGUGUGCUCGUCUAGGUCACACCUGUGACUACAGCCCUCGAUUGUCCUUUCGAGAUGACACGCCGCGUGUCGUCGAACGCAUGCAAGAUGUCACCGUGGUCACCAGCUCGGUGUGGGAUUCCAAUUCUCCCGCCCUUACCGACGCCAGCACCGGCUCUGCCGUCGUAGAUGACCUGCCGCCAUUUACAUCACUGACCACCGACGAAGAACGCGAAAAGAAAGCGGAGCGCGCCAGCCCCGGCACGUAUAAUGUCGUAGUCAACCAAGACAGCUUCCAGCAUCUCCCAGAAUACAAUGAUGACCCGGAUAUCAAGACCGAGGCAUUGUCACCAUUACGUCGAGGCUCCGUUGCCACAUCGUUGGCGAGUAGCAUCGGCCGCGACACCGCCGUCGACGGUGCUUCCGUCUCAGGGGACCCCAAUGUGGUCGUGUUACCGAGGUUCGAGGACGCUGGCCGACGCAACACGUUCAGUCAUUCCAAAGAUACCAAGUCACCUCCCUCGCCAUCCACCAAACAUACCAUCAUCAAGGCCGAAGAGACCGAUGGCGCCAUUCUCACCGAAGAACCAGCGUCUAUAGAAGACAAUCAGCGGAUAGGCCAGGAUGCUCGCUACCUGAGACAGUUCCGAAAUGUGGUUUGGAGACAGUUGGUACCUUUUGAGCGGGAGGCAAGAGACGGCACGAUACCUUCGAGCGUGAAUGUGUUGGAAACUGCAGCCAGGACCUUCCCACCAUUGCACCAUGCGAUGAUGGCCGUGGCGGCUUUAAGUCUGGCUGUGCAAGAAGGGAAGGAAAAACUGGACGCUCUACAACAUUAUCAGCAAGCUCUGCCUGCGUUACAAAACAGCUUGAAAAGCCCCGACGACCUGUCGUCAGACGGAGCAUUUUUGACGCAUUUUUUAUUGCUGGUCUACGAGAUUGCCGCGGCGGAAGACGGACACUCCAACCUGUGGUCCCCCCAUCUUUCCACUCUGUUGCGAAUCACCUUGUUACGGCGCGAUGUUUUUGGCGGCGAAAGAUUUCCCUUUGUUGUCUGGUGGAUUUGUAACAUUGACUUGGACGCCCUUUUUAGCGGCGCCGGGAGGGGGGAAUUUGUCGGGUACAUGUUAAACACCGACAUUAUCCCUCCGCCCAGUUUUCACUUACAUCCGUUGGGUCUGGACGGAUCCAGCGUGGUUUAUGGCCACGAGCUGGACUCUCUCCCGACCAUCCUGCAACUCAAUUACGAAGUCACGCUCUUGGCCGUGCGCCUGGGCUUUCUUGCGCGCGAAUUUCGACAAGACACCACCUUUGACUCGGCCGAUCUUCUUCGAAAAAGCCAGGCCACCCGCAUACGGCAGACGCGAAUUUUCGAGGUGCAGGAAGCCCUUCGACAGUUGUGGGUGACACCGGGAGUGUCGAUGGUGGGCCAAAACGCGCCCAAUCUUCCGCCCCGACCCAAAUUACUGUAUGAACAUGCGGCGGCCUUGUAUCGGGCCUGUAUCCUCUACUCUCACACGUCUAUGUGGCCGGGGCAACGGCUGGAAACCUCUCCUGACUACGACACGGAAAUCGCGGUUGCGUCGAACCAGAUUCUUGACCUGACGAGGAAGGCUCUGGCGGAAGAUCGGGCCGACUGUCGCUAUCUGGUCUUCCCGGUGUUCAUGGCGGGAUUUUGCAGUCUGGACGGGGCUCAGAGAAUGGUGGCACUGGACUUGAUCCGCAGCAUGGAGAGGAUAAGCAUUGGACGCAACACGGUCAUGACUCGCAAGGCUUUAGCUGCGGUUUAUGAGAAACAAAACGAACGAUUCAUGAAUACGGGACAAAGUUUGGAUGUGGAUUGGAUGGAAGUGAUGGGAGAAAGAGACCUGAGGGUGGUCAACUUUGGCGUGUGA